AGAGAGACGGAAUUCAUUAUCGGGAUCCGAUUCUCUUCAGAUCGAUAAAUCCAUGGCUGCAGCUGGAAACAAGAGCAUUAACGCCAAAUUGUCUUCAGGUGUUACUUGGAGAUGUUGGAGCUGGAAAAUCAAGUCUUGUGUUACGUUUUGUCAAAGAUCAGUUUGUUGAAUUCCAGGAAUCAACCAUUGGUGCUGCUUUUUUCUCACAAACGUUAGCUAUCAACGAUGCAACUGUCAAGUUUGAGAUUUGAGAUACAGCGGGUCAGGAACGGUACCAUAGUUUGGCUCCAAUGUACUACAGAGGUGUUGCUGCUGCAAUCAUUGUCUUUGAUGUUACGAAUCAGGCCUCGUUUGAGAGGGCAAAGAAAUGGGUUCAGGAACUGCAGGCACAAGGUAACCCUAAUAUGGUCAUGGCCCUUGCUGGAAACAAAUCUGAUUUAUUAGAUGCAAGGAAGGUGACUGCAGGGCAAGAGAACAAACAAUCACAACACCAAACCAGAGAACCAAGAAUCUGCAGAGCUUUGUGUUGCGGUAACAAAGCAAGACUCAGCAUUUCUUCUUGUUCUUCGGCAGAAUCAGACAAGAGUUCAAGAUUUUCAGACCAGCACGGUUCGCUCUCUAGCUUGGCACACUACAUGGUUCAGGAGAAGCUAGAGCAGAUGAUCAGAGAGACACAAGAAGCCACACAUCAAGAGAAGAUAAGACAACAAAAGAUGAGAAGAAGAAGAAGAAGAAGUGAGGGUAGCAUCAGUAGCACUAAGUUCAUAGUGAUGAUGGCGAUGGAGAAAUGUUCUUUUGAUCCAAGAGAGGAUUUUAGAGACUCCAUGGUUGAGAUGAUUGUGGCAAACAAGAUCAAAGAAGCAGAUGAACUUAGAAGCCUCUUGGAGUACUAUCUAUCGAUGAACCCUCGCGAAUACCGGUCUGCCAUUCUCGAGAUCUUUUACGAGGUUUGUGCUGAUCUGUUUCGUAGCUAAGAGAGAACAAAGACCAGUUGUU